UAGUGGGCCGUGUUAUCGAUUAGAAAUGGCGUCCUCACUGUCUUUCUUUUAUGAAAAAUUCGUGUAGUCGUAUUUACAAUUUAUCAACGUUGUGUGUGUUUGUCAAUUAUAAGGACGAGUGCGGGCUAUUCUCGUCUCACACUCUUGACCGAUUAGCGCAACAGCCAUAAUCUAAGUGUUUUUAGUGCGGUACAUAACGGCGACGACGUGCAAGCAGGGCGCCGAGUGCAAAAACAACGGCCAGCAGCAGGCAGCGAAACGAAAAUGCAUUUGUGACUGACACAAACACACACACACACCCAUCCAGAUAGACAGACAGAAAGACACAGAAGGGACACCCUGAAACAGCAAGGAUAGCGAAGGAGAAGGCAAAGUCGUAGCGAAGGCAGGAGGAGGCGACGACCGCUGCUCCAUCAUCAUCAGCAGCAGCAACAACAAAUGGCGCUUGUGACGGUGCAGCGCUCCCCAAGUGUGGCUGGCUCGGGCUCGAAUUCGGUGAGUGAUGGCGAGGCCGAUGACGACGAAGGCAAUAGCAAGAACGAAAAGAGCGAAUGCUUCUUUGCUGGCAAAGGAACCGCCCUGGUAUUAGCGCUUAAGGAUAUACCGCCACAGCAGCAAGCGGAACGUAGGCUGAGCACGGACUCGACGCGUUCCAGUAACAGCACACAGAGCAACAACUCCGACAUACAGCUCCAUUUGCAGUCAAUGUUCUUUCUGCUGCAGCGUGAGGACACGCUGAAGAUGGCUGUCAAACUGGAGUCGCAGCGUACCAAUCGCACACGUUACCUGGUGAUUGCCUCGCGCAGUUGCUGCCGUCGGACUGCCACCAGCGAGCGUCGCCGCAAUAAGAUAAUGCGUCACAAUUCGGCAAAGGUCAGCUCCUCCACGUCCUCGGCCAACAGCAGCGCUUCGGUGGUGACAACACAGCGGCAGCAUUCAGAGGACGUUGCACCUUCAGCAGCCAGUAAAUGUGAUAAAACAGCGGACAAGGAGAAUGUAGCAGCUGCCGGCGACAACAAGAAUAUCUCGGGCAUGGAGGAGUCCUGCCUGCUGGGCAUCGAUUGCAAUGAGAGGACGACAAUCGGUCUGGUGGUGCCCAUCCUAGCAGACACCACCAUACACCUGGAUGGCGAUGGCGGCUUCAGCGUGGCCGUCUUUGAAAAGACACACAUCUUCAAGCCCGUAUCGGUGCAGGCCAUGUGGUCAGCGCUUCAGACGCUGCACAAAGUAUCGAAGAAGGCUCGUGAAAACAACUUUUAUGCGAGCGGCCCCUCGCACGAUUGGCUAUCCAGCUACGAGCGACGCAUUGAGUCGGAUCAGUCGUGCCUGAAUGAGUGGAAUGCCAUGGAUGCGAUAGAGAGUCGUCGCCCACCCUCACCAGAUGCCAUAAGGAAUAAGCCAACCGAGAAGGAGGAAACUGAAAGUGUCAUUAAAAUGAAGUUGAAAGCAAUCAUGAUGUCCGUGGAUCUGGAUGAGGUUACCUCCAAGUAUAUACGCGGACGCCUCGAAGAGAUACUGGACAUGGAUCUGGGCGAAUACAAGUCGUUCAUUGAUGCCGAAAUGCUUGUCAUACUCGGCCAAAUGGAUGCACCCACAAAGAUAUUCGAGCAUGUGUAUUUGGGUUCCGAGUGGAAUGCCAGCAAUCUGGAGGAGCUCCAAAAGAAUGGCGUUCGCCAUAUUUUGAAUGUGACGCGGGAGAUAGAUAACUUUUUCCCUGGCACUUUUGAGUACUUUAACGUGCGUGUUUAUGAUGAUGAGAAGACAAAUCUUCUCAAAUACUGGGACGACACAUAUCGUUAUAUUACACGGGCCAAGGCCGAGGGCUCCAAGGUGCUGGUGCAUUGCAAAAUGGGCGUGAGUCGUUCAGCUUCUGUGGUGAUAGCCUAUGCGAUGAAGGCCUACAAGUGGGAGUUCCAGCGUGCGCUGGACCAUGUGAAGGAGCGGCGUAGCUGCAUCAAGCCGAACAAGAACUUUCUCAGCCAGUUGGAGACUUACAGCGGCAUGCUGGACGCCAUGAAGAACAAGGAGAAGCUGCAGCGCAGCAAGAGUGAGACGAAUUUGAAGAGCACAAAGGAUGCGCGACUGUUGCCUGGCAGCGAGCCCACGCCACUGAUACAGGCACUCAAUCAGGCCAAGUCCAAGUUGAGCGGCGAGGCGGGAGUUGUCACACCCGAGGAGGAGGAGGAUGAGGGUGCGGGGAAGGACAUACGACACUCGCGUCUCCAUCGUCGAUCGAGCGCACAAAAGCAGCGACGCAUGGUGCGACGCUCGAGCAGCACCUCCCCGAAGACGCAGACAGCCGUUGUCACCAAGCAGCAGAGCCAAUCGAUGGAGAACCUAACGCCGGAGCGCAGCGUGGCGGAGGAGCCAAAGAAUAUGCGCUUCCCCGGCAGCAAUGGAGAGAACUACAGCGUCACCCAGAACCAGGUGCUGCACAUCCAGAAGCACACGCCUCUGUCGGUGCGCACACGCGUUCAUGAUCUCGAGGCGCAUCGCUCGGAUCAGUUGCCGUCACAGCAGUCGCCGUCACUGUCGCAGUCACAGCAAGGCCCCGUGUGGACCUCACUGACCAAGCUAAUCACUCAAACGUCGCACUUGGGAGGCAAUGCAGGAGCAGGAGGAGGCAGUGGAAGUGGCAGCAGCAGCGGCAGCGUAAUGCCUCGUAGAGAUUCAAGCUCCUCGGAUGUGUUCUCCUCGCAGGUGGACAAUGUCUUUGCCAAAGAGGAGCGGGAGAAGCGACAGCGUCGCAAGACACAUUCGUGGACAGAGUCGUUUGGACCCAGUGGCGGAAUUAUACUGGAUGCCGCACCACAGCAGCAGCAGUCACAAUCCAUCAUGCUGCGGCCACGCGGCCUGCGGCAGCGGGAACCGCCGUCGCGCCACUCCAGCUGGGGGUCGGGCGACAAUCGGAGCAGUCUGCCGCUGCGCACAAGCUCCUGCAGCUACUACGACAGCAACCGCAACACCACGGCCAUCUUUGAGGGUGAGAUCCAAGAUCUGAAGCGAAGCAGCAGCAGCAGGAGCAGCAUUGACCCAAAAUCUGCCAGCAACUGCAAUGUGAGCGAGGCAGGAAGUGGCCAGCUGGGGACAGUCAAGCGCACCAAGCAGAAGCUGGAGGAGAGCACGGUGCUAAAGAAGCGCUGCCCAGAGGAUGCCCCGGAACAGGAGCAAGAGCUGGAUGCCAGCGUAGGAGAUGCUGCUGCUGUUGUUGGUGGUCAGAAAAGGUGUGCGACCCUCUAUCGGAGCGCCUCGUCGGCCAACAGUCCCAGACAGCGGCAGCCACUGCGCUGCAACAGCGAGGAGCUGAUGCACACCAGCGAUAUUGAGAACAAGAAUACAACCAGCGAUCUUGACGCGGCAACUACGGCGGUGGUACUGCGUGUGGGUCCCAGCCAGACGCUGGCUGAGGAUCAGCGAAUUUCGGGCAAUGUGCAAAUACUCAAGCAAAACUUUGAAGCCAAAGCGGCAGUGAUUGGCGUGGGUUCGGCAGCGACUGUGGCAACGACAAGCAGUACUCCAGCAGCCACUAGUGUUGCUGCUGCAACAACAGCUGCCCCACAGAUGGGUGGCAAGAAGACGACGUCCCAUCAGUCACUGCCCUCGUCGCCAGUUGCUCAGCACGCGAAUCAUGUGUCCUCCUCCAGCUCCUCCUCAACGUCGAACUCGUCCGAUUCCAGCGUAAGCGAAAAUUGUGAUCGUAAUGUAAAAGGUCUAGUGCAUAAAUAUCAAACCACUUCCUGCAGUAGCCAAGCUGCGAGCCAGACUGCAGUCAACGUCCCGCCUACAACCAACACACUGCCGCCGCCGCCGCCGCAAGCGUCUCAGCCAUUAACCGCCAGCCACAUCCACAACAACAGUACUAACACCGGCACCACAACAAAUGCCACCAAUAGCUACAAGCAACGCCCGCGCUCCUACUACGAUCGCUCCUCGCUGUCGAACAAAACGCACGAUUACAGCGAGAGUCGACCGCCACCCGCACCUGCCAGACUCACUGCCAGCGUUAACUAUAGUAGCAGCAGUGGCGGGAGCGGCCACACCAGCCACGUGCAGCUGCCACAACAGCAGUCUGAGCAGCAGCAGCAUCAGCAAGUGCAGAUACGGCGUCUGGCACAGCAUGGAAAGACCCAUCCUCUCACUAGGCUAAGUACACCAAAGCCAGGCUUCAAUACGGCUGCAUACAACACCAUGUAACGAAAUGCUAUUUUUACUUACUCAUCCAAACAAGCUCCACAUACCACACCAUUUCACACUUACCAUAAUAGCCACUAAGGAUCACCCGAGCAUUGUUUUGCUUUACGUAUUUAUAUUUUCAAUUCGCCAUCAAACGCUUUUGUCCUAUGUUACUGUCAUACCCGCAUACCAUAAUACAUGUCAUGGUGGUGAAAUUACUACAGGGUGACCACUAUCCCUUUCCAGCGCUUGUCUUUUUGAUCGUGUUGAAUAAGUUAGUGGACAACGUCACGUUGUUAGUAGUUUCACCAUGAACGUCAUACUGUCCUCUCAAUAAUGUGUAAGCUUGUGUGUAGUAGUGCGUCUCAUAUGUUUUGUGAAGACCGACCCCGACUCGACCCAACCCGACCGACCGAACCAAACCGACGAUCCGCAAUCUUAAAACUGUGUGAAGAGUGCCGUCAGGGACUAUAAAACAAAAAACAAAACAAAAACCUAUGAAAUUGAAACUGUAUUUGUACUUUUAAAUUACUUGUAACUGUAUACAUAUUUAUUUUAUAUUAUGCAAGAACUGCCUACGAAUAAACGAAAUUUUCUGUAUAUA